UGAAACUCAAAAUGGGAAGAAAAGCAGUUCUAAACCUAGUGCUUAUUUAAUUUAAUCAUCUGGUACUGCUUUGACAUUUCCUUUCCCUUUGAAACCUCUUUUUCUCUCUCUACCAUUUUCUCUCUCUAGAAUGGCGGCUCCGCCGGUGGUGAGGUUCCCGAUCAUGGCGACGGUGAGGGCGGUUGGGGUAGCCAUCAGUGUUCUUCUCCUCACUUGGGCUCUCCAUUUCAGAGGAGGCCUCGCUCUUUUUUCCGACAACAAAGAUCUCAUCUUCAAUGUUCAUCCUGUGUUGAUGGUGAUCGGGCUUGUUUUAAUCAAUGGUGAAGGGAUGCUUGCAUAUAAGACAAUAUCUGGAACUAAAAACUUCAAAAAAGCCGUUCAUCUGGCAUUUCAGCUUGUCUCCCUCAUUUUGAGCUUAGUUGGUGUCUGGGCUGCUUGGAAGUUUCACAUUGACAAGGGCAUCGACAAUUUCUACAGCCUGCAUUCAUGGUUGGGCCUUGCAUGCCUUUUCCUAUUCUCCAUCCAGUGGGCUGCUGGCUUUGCUACAUUUUGGUAUCCAGGAGGGUCAAGAAAUAGUAGAGCUGCCUUGUUGCCAUGGCAUGCGUUCUUUGGGAUCUAUAUCUAUGCCUUGGCUAUAGCCACAGCUACUACUGGUAUUUUAGAGAAGCUUACAUUCCUUCAGGUGAACAAGAUCAUAUCACGCUAUUCCAAUGAAGCAAUGUUGGUCAAUUCCUUGGGUAUUUUAAUCGUUAUUUUAGGUGGCCUUGUUAUUCUUAGACUCGUUACGCCAGCUCAUGUUAGUAAAGCUGAUAUCUUCAGAGGAAACUAAGCAACUGUAUGAUUCAAAUUCGAGGAACAUGAACAUUUGUAUCAUCUUCCAUCACAGGUUUAAUUGUAUGAGCGAACUAGUUAUACAAAAAUACAGGUUUAAUUUCA